UUUUACAGGUCCUAUGUAUCAUCUCUCACUGGUUUUUGGACUUCCUGGUCAUUCUAGGCCAUUCUUGUUCUUAAUCGAUUUCUGAUGAUGUCACCACGUCUUAAAAAUGUAUUCUUACUCUCUGUAUCUCUAUUUUUCUUUUCUCUAUCCCAAUUUCUUUUUAGCAAAACUCCCUUCUUUACAUACUUACCACUUUCUGCUCCCAAAAAUAAACCGGUCCAUCUCCUAAUUGUGUCAUCCUGGAGAUCGGGUUCUUCAUUCCUUGGACAGAUCUUCAACCAUCACAAUGACGUCUUUUACCUCUUUGAGCCUGGACACCCCAUCUGGAUGAAGUUUAAGAAUGAAAGUUCCGAGCUGCUACAAUUUCCCUUAAGAGAUCUUCUACGAUCGCUUUUCACCUGUGAUGUGUCCCCUCUUCAUCAGUAUCUUCCUAAAGGUGGAAAACAUAUUUCUGAAUUGGGCUUCUUUUCAGAAAGUCGAGCGCUCUGCACUCCACCAUUUUGUUCCGCCUUUAUUCCUUCUGAAGGUUACGAUCGCCUCAAGUGCUACCAUCGGUGCAAAAAUUCUUUUCUGGAUAAAAUGGAAGAAACAUGCAAGACAUACAGCCAUGUUGUGCUGAAAACAGUCCGGAUUUUAGACCUUUCUGUUGUUCUUUCCCUUUUCCGAGACCCUGCUCUUAAUAUUCGUAUUUUGCACCUUGUAAGGGACCCUAGAGCUGUUGCUUUGUCAAGAAAAUCCUUUGAUCUCAAUAUUGAGGACCGUAUAGUACUUAAGAAUGAGGGGGAAAAAAAUAUUACAAUAAGCAGGGUAAUGGAGAAGAUUUGUAAAUCUCAGGUUGACAUCAACAAUGUGGCUAAAGCAGCUGAGGUGUUGCAAGGACGAUACAUGGCAAUUCGACAUGAGGACCUUUCUAAUGAGCCCCUUAAAAACAUAAAAAAAAUAUACAGUUUUGCUGGCCUGUCUCUCACUAAAGACCUGGAACAGUGGGUUUACAAUAUCACCCAUGUGGAGAUGGCAGAUAAAAAUGGGAUUAUGACUUUCUCACGAGACUCCUCAAAGGUGGUCCACAAAUGGAGAACAGCUCUGGACUUCAAUUUCGUAAAACAGAUUCAAGACAACUGCAAAAAGGCAAUGGAUCUAUUUGGUUACAGGCCGGCAAGAUCCAAAAGAGAACAGCAAAAUUUGACUCUGGACUUCGUAAAUAAGGAAUGGUCAUAGGAAAAAGCUAAAUAAUCCUGCACAAGUGAACUCAGUAACAACAUAUUCCUACACAACCUCUUGAUGCCACUAGGAGUGGUUCUCACUAGUGAAUUUUUAAUGUGAAUGCAGCAUGAUCAAUUGUUUUGCACGAUUUUGUACUGCAAAAUCGCACGACAAGUCAUUCUCCAUGAUUUUGAAUGACUACCAUUCAUAUUGGCACGACUUUAAGUCGUGCCCACUUCAAAGUAGUUCCUGUACUACUUUUUUUCUGAAGUCGGAUUCCAUAUUAACAGAUCCGUCUUUGACAUGCGACUUGUGCAUAAAGGGGAACUCCACGCCAUUUAAAACGGCAUGGGUUCCCCCUUCAUGAGCAUACCGGACCCUUUGGUCUGGUACAGAUUUUAAGGGGAAACCCACACCAAAAAAGACGGCGUUGGGUCUCCCCAAAAUCUAUACCAGACCCUUAUCCAAGCACCAGCCUGGCCAGUCAGAAAAUGGGGUGGGGUCGAGCAAGCGCCCCCCCUCCUGAUCCGUGCCAGGCCGCAUGCCCUCAACAUGGGGGGGUGGGUGCUUUGGGGCAGGGGGCCCUGUGCCCCCUCCACCCCAAAGCCCCUUGCCCCAUGUUGUAGAGGACAAGGGCCCCUUCCCGACAACUCUGGCUGUUGGUUGUCGGGGUCUGCAA